AUGGUUGAGUCCGCCGAAGACAACGAUCAGGAAGCGAAUGACCCUCAAAACGCCAACGAUGACAGCCCUCGCAAUAGCGAAUCCAGAAGGCAUGCAAAAUGUGUGCCUGUCGCUCGAGUUGAUCUCCACGCCGAGGCCCCAACUUGCACACAAUGCCAAAAGGACAGCAUACCAUGCACUCGCACUUUAGCUCCAUUCAAGUUUAGUCUUGUUUCCAGCGAUAUGUUUGGUGGUCCGCCGCGGAAGUCUCUGAAGAUACCGAAGAAACUAGUAUAUGUAGACGAAACAGCAGAGUUGGCGGCUUGCUACAGUCAUGACGACAAUGAGGACAUGCAUGACCCUGCAAUAUUAUCUUCACCUCAUCCUUCUACCUGGUCUGAAAUUGGCCAAGAUGCGAUGAACAGUUUGAACCUGGAACAUGACCGCGAAUUGUCAAUAGCAUCUGGAUUCUUCCAGCACAACACCGACUUUUCCCACAGUAACUCCGACCUCUCUCCAAAUAAUAACACAAAAUUAAGGCGAUGGUCGACUAGACAAGAAACAUAUGACGGCGGAAAUGACGAUCACAAUGAUCCUGGUGAAGAUGCCACUAGCGCCCUGGCAACUGACACCGAUGUCUCUCGCCCACGCGCCGGCUCCAGGGCAUCCGACAUUUCAUUUCUUUCACCAAACCUAGCGAAUCAGAACGAGACCCCGAAGUUUGUUUCUCCAUUGAGUUCAACUAGCUCGUUGAUGAGCGGAGUUGUAAAACUACCUUCUUCAGGUUGUUCAUCCAACGGGGUAAUAUCAUCUCUCGGCCAUAAUACGUUGGAAUACUUACUAUUUCGUUAUUUUAUCGAUCACUUAUCCCUAUGGUUUGAUAUUUGUGACCCAGAGAGACAAUUUGAAAUAAUCGUCCCUCAACGAGCAAAACGAUGCCAAGCGUUGAUGAAUGCUAUCCUGGCAACUUCUGCACGCCACCUAACCAGAGUACCAAGGUAUAGAAAGGCAGCUGGCACAAUUGAAUACAACGGAAGGGUCCUGCAUGACCUGACAGACGAGACUGCAUUGCAUUAUCAUAGCAAAUGUAUCAAUGACCUCUUGAUACUGGGGGCGGAUCCGGAACAAAAUCGGAAUGAAGACCUUUUGGCAGCCGGGGUUAUUUUACGGUUGUAUGAAGAGUUUGAUUAUCCGUUCCGGGACGAACAAAAAGAUAACGAGCUUUUUUUACAAAUGCUUAACGCGUUCAUCGAGGCACAAAUUCCAAAUUACGCAGCACCGUCCGUAUCUCGGGUGGAUUCUUCUGUGACAAUCAGCAGCCCUAAUACCGUUGAAAACACAAACAGCAAUACUCAGAGCGAACCUCCCCAAAAGCUUCGCCAGGCAGUAUUCUUAAUUGCCUUUCGACAAGAACUCUACUCGGCUUUCCUUAAGCAGCGCCCCUUUAACAUGUCCAUGUCAAGAUGUGAAGUAUUUCGGACAUUCGAGCCGGCAGAAGAUGCUAUAUGGACGACUCGGCUGGUCAUUUUCUGCGCUGACGUGCUCAACUUUUGUUACGGCAAUAACAGCCCCAGUGAAAAAACCGGCCCUUUGCGAGAUACAGAACUAGGAAAAGAGAAAUGGCUCGAACUUAAAGAACUCGAAAGGAUGUGGGUAACAAGUUUGCCCUCGACAUUCGAGCCAAUUUACUACCGGGAGCCAGAACGCCAAAAGGGAGAAGUAUUUCCAGAAAUCUGUUACUUGACAAGCCUUCAUGCGGCCGGCGUGCAGCACGUUGAACUCGCUCGAAUUCUACUCUAUGUUAACGAUCCAACGCAACCGAAAUUGGGGUUUGGACAAGUCGCCCGAAUGCGUAUUCUCAACCAAAAAUUGAAAGACGCCGUGCUUAGGCUAUGUGGCAUUGCCGUAAAUAGUAAGAGAAACCCCCCUGCUUUCACCACCGCGAUGCUUAGCAUUGCGGCGUGCGGGGAGCUUUUUGAGGAUAAAUUAGAGCACCGUGCACUCUUUUCUAUCCUGGACGAGUUGGAGUAUAAUCUUGGAUGGCCGUUCGGCAAUUUGAGAGAAAAGCUGCAACAAGCAUGGCAAUAUGGCGGCCAUUGGGAAUCUGACCUUCUGAAAUGA